AUGCCCCUUUCACUUGCAAAGGUUGUGGUGGGCAAUUCGCUGCUGUCCGUUCUCAUUGUCUUGCGGAGCAGCCAGAGUGUGGAAAUCGACGAAUAUUUCGAAGGGAAUAAUUUCUUCUUGUCGGUGAUCGUUUGCAUCGAAGUCUCCAGCUUUUCGCUGGCGGUGGUCUUUGCGGGAGCCUUGAGUGGCUGGAUAGGGCAGAGGGCCGAAUUGGGUCGGGAAAAUAGCCGGAUGUCCUCGGAUCUAUCUGCCGUGUCGAUGCUGCUGAGGCUUAUGAGCGACGCUGUUGUCGAACUAGACCAGGACCUACGUUUGCUUCGGCAUUCGCCGGAACUCAGCGCCAUGCUCAUGCGCGACCGCCCAGGGUCCUCCCUAGAGGGCCUUGCUUUCACCGAGUUCGUCCACAGCUCCGAGGCCACCAGGGCGUGGGAGCUCUUGAAGAAUCCGUCCCACGUCUUGUCUGCCGGCCAGGGGACUUCCGCGCAUGCGUUUCACACCCGGCUGGUCGAUACGUUUGCCAACAAAGUCUGCGUCGAAGUCUUCCACGUGCAGGUCCUGAACUCCGAGGGGGAGAUCAGACAUCUGCUCGGCCUACGGGAUUUCACGGACUCCUCUUCCCUGUCGGGUGAGCGCGCCACCGACGCCAUGGACUCGUCCGGCCCGGUAAGUCCUGUCAGCCCCACUCAAAGCUACGGACUCUAUGAAAUCAUGUCUAGCCCCAUGCGCAGCCAGACGCUCAGCAUCAGCGACCAGGAGUGGGGGACUACUCACAGCCAGAGGCAGGCCUUCCUGGAGGUCGACAUGGAAGUCAAGGUCGUUCACUGCGCAUCCGCUUCUGUGUCCUUUUUGGCGGGAUCUUCGCUUGCCGAUUUCUUCACCGUGCCGCACACAGUGCAGCUCUUACAGCGUAUUUGCGACGAAGCACAACGAGGGCUUGACCAAGAAGGAGCCUUGCCGCAGAAGGUCUUCAACUACCAAGAUCUGCCAGUACGUUGGGGAUCAGGCCACUAUGGCAGCAUCCACGGCACCUUUCAGGUGGUUCUUUGCCGUUUUGGCCGUAUCGGCUGCUCGGACAGUUGCUUCGAUGUGGACACCGUCGGAGCGAUACCGCAGAUAGCGGCACAGAUCCCUGUGUUCUGUGCGGUUUCUGCCGACCCGAAAAGACGGGAUUUGCGUGCAUCGGAGAUCAUCAGAGGAAAGGAGGUGCGAUUGGAGACCGGGAGUGUCAGCCAGCGAGGUGCCGAGAUUCGGAUUCUGUCCGGCGAGGUGUGCAUCCGUGGUGCUUUGGUCAUGGGAGGCUACGAGCAUCAUGGGCCACAAGAGGAGGACCCAAACGCCGAGGCGUGGACGGAAGGUUCCGGGGGCAGCGGCUUUCUCCGAACUGGUGAUUUGGGCCACAUGGAUCAAGACGGAUGGCUUUACCUCACCGGUCGCUGCAAAGAGAUGAUCAACCGUGGCGGCGAGACCAUCAACCCACAUGAAGUUGAACCUGCCUUGACAUCGACUCCGGGCGUCGAUGUCGCAGUCUGCUUUGCGGCUCCUCACCAGGCCCUUGGCGAGUGCAUUGCCGUCGCCCUGGCACUCGAGGAUGGUCUACGACCUGAAGACGUGCCGCCGAAGGCCAUCGUGGACCACUCGAGCAAGCAGCUGUCCGAAGUAAUGCGGCCCGAGGUCUUCGUGUACCUCCCCCGGAGCAUGUUGCCGACCACGGCCACGAAGAAGUUCAUUCGGGCUGGAUUAGCGAAGAGGCCCUGGAAGGACAGAAAGAAUGAGGGACUCUUCUUCGUCUGGGGCAGCGAACAAAUUCAGCUGCGCGGAGGAUCCAACGACGGAACCAGCUGGAGUGAGGAAAGACUCGAAAGGCACAACCAGAGGAAGAGACAGGCUUUGAAGGAGGUGGACAACUUCUUAGUUCGGUCUUGA